AGAAAGGGAGAAGAGAAGAGGCCCCAGGACAGAGCCCUGUGGGACACAGCUGGUUUGGGGUAUAAUCUGAGUGAAGAUCCAGCAAAGGAGACACAGAAGGAGCGGUCAGAUAGCCUCUUCUGGUCCGUGGAGUGCCUGUUAGCGCAGGCAGACGUGUAAAGAUGACUAAGGCUAAGACCCAUACCACCCACAAGCAAUCGUACAAAUGGCAAAGAAAUGGCAUCGAGAAACCUCACUCACAGAGAUACAAGUCUCUAAAAGGGGUUGAUCCCAAGUUUCUGAGAAACACAGGCUUUACAAAGAAGCAAAAGAAGAUGGAACUGAAUAAGAUACAAGCCAACAACAUCAAAACCAUUAAGGCCCUAACAGAAGCCAUCCGGGUCCUGAGCAUCAAGGUCUCCAUGAACGAGCUCCUCAAGCGCAUGAGCAUGAAACGCACCAGUGCCAUUGCCAGGAACAUUGACCUUAAAGAUGACACCGAAUGUCCAGGACCCAAGAUCAAUACUAAACAGCCAGGUUCCAAGAUCACUAAGCCUAGCUCUAAAGUUGCCAGAACCACUGAUCCCAAGACUACUAAGUCUCCUGAUCACAAGGCCUCCAAGUCUGACCCCAAACAUACCAAACAUGGUUCCAGGGCUACCAAGUCUGACACCAAGGCCACCAAGUCUGAUCCUAAGGCAAUCAUAUAUGAAACCAAAGUCACUAAGUCUGGUUCCAAGGCCACCAAGAAUGAUACCAAGGUCUCCAAGUCCACCAAGACUGACGCUAAGUUCACCAAAUCUAAUCACAAAGCAAACAAGUCUGAAACCAAAGUCACCAAACCCAAAUUUGACCCUAAGGCCACCAAACCUGACACCAAGGUUACCAAGUCUAAUCAAAAACCAAGGAAAUAUGAGGGCAAGGUCAUCAAAUCUGAAACCCAAAUUACCAAGUCUAACCCCAAGACCACCAAAUUUGACUUCAAGGCCACCAAAUCUGAUCCCAAGGCAACUAAGUCCAAAGCCAAAGUCACCAAGUCUGAUCCCAAGACCACCAAAAAUGUUCCCAAGACCACCAAGGCUUAUACCAAGGUCUCCAAGGCCACAAAGCCUGAUCUCAAAGUCUCCAAAACCAUCAAGUCUGACACCAAGGUCACCAAGUCAACUCCCAAGGCAAACAAGUCCGAAGCUAAAGUCACCAAGUCAGAAGCACAAAUCACUAAGUCUGAUCCCAAGAACAUCAAGUCUGACCCCAAGGUCACCAAAUCUAAUCCCAAAACAAACAAGUCUGAAACCAAGGUCACCAAGAUAGAAGCACAAAUGACCAAGUCAAAAUACAAGACCACCAAAUCUGACCCCAAGGUCAACAAGUCUGACAUCAAGAUUACCAGGUCUAAUCUCAAGACAUACAAGUCCGAAGCCAAGGUCAUAAAAUCUGAAGACCAAAUGACUAAAUCUGACCUCAAGACCACUAAAUCUGACUCUAAGGCCACCAAGUCUGACACCAAAGUCACCAGAUCUAAUCUCAAGGCAUCCAAGUCCGAAGCCAAGUUCACAAAAUCUGAAGCUCAAAUGACCAAGUCUGUCCCCAAGACUACCAAAUCUGACCCUAAGGCCACUAAGUCUGACACCAAAGUCAUCAGGUCCAAUCUCAAAGCAAUCAAGUCUGAAUCCAAGUUCACAAAAUCUGAAGCUCCAAUGACCAAAUCUGUCCCCAAAACCACCAAAUCUGAUCCAAAGGCCACUAAAUGUGACACCAAGGUCUCCAAAUCUAAUCUCAAACCAACCAAAUCUGAAGCCAAGGUCACAAAAUCUGAACUUCAAAUGACCAAAUCUGAAGCCCAAAUCACUAAGCCUGACCGCAAGACCACGAAGUCUGACUCCAAGGUCAUCAAGUCUAAUGUCAAGCCAACCAAGUCUGAAGCCAAGGUCACAAAAUAUGAAGCUCAAAUGACUAAGUCUGACCCCAAGCCCAUCAAAUCUGACCCCAAGGCUACCACCUCUGACACCAAGGUUGCCAAUUUGGAUCUCAAGGUAAUCGGGUCCAAAACCCCAAUCAACAACUUUGACUCCAAGGCCACCAAAAAUGUUCUCAAGCCCAUCAAGGCUAACACCAAAGUUCCCAAGGUCACAAUGUCUGAUACCGAGAUCACCAAAUUUGAACACAAUGUAACCAUAGCUGAAGCCAAAGUCACUCAAUCUGAAAUCAAAAUCACCAUGUUUGACUUCAAGGCCAUUAAAUCUGGCCCCAAGGCUCCCAAGUCCAACAUCAAGUUCUCCAAGACCACCAAGUUUGAACCCAAGGUUACCAUGUCUGAUUCUAAGGUCAGAAAGCUCAGUGAUUCCAAAGCUUUCAAGCUCAUCGAUUCCACAGCUGCUAAAUUUACUGAGGCCAAUGAAUCUAAGAAAGAAAAACUCAGAGAUAUUGGGGAUAAUGCCGCUAGUUCCAUGUCUUCAAAGUAGAUGCUUCAGGACAGAAGGAUGCUUUUAAGCCUUAAACCACUGCUUUGUUUUGUUUUUCUCAGCCAGGGUAUAAUUAUUCGCUAUUUUGUACAAAUAAAGGAAAUGAUGAGUCAUAAGA